AUGCGUGUGGCUGCUCCCAAAGCUUGUAAGAUGUUUGAACUAGAGAAGAAGACAAGCUGCAAUGAAAUUCGACAUAAAUCCAGUGACUACCCUCAUAGAGUUGCAAAAUACCCAGAAAACAGAAAUCGAAACAGAUACAGAGAUGUUAGUCCAUAUGAUCAUAGUCGCGUAAAACUGCAGAACACGGAAAAUGACUAUAUUAAUGCCAGCCUAGUGGUCAUAGAAGAGGCUCAGAGAUAUUAUAUUUUAACGCAAGGUCCACUACCUAAUACGUGUUGUCAUUUUUGGCUAAUGGUAUGGCAACAGAAAACCAAAGCAGUUGUCAUGCUGAACAGAAUUGUUGAAAAAGAAUCGGUGAAGUGUGCGCAGUAUUGGCCAACAAAAGAAGAGGAAGUUAUGAUGUUCAAAGAAACAGGAUUCUGUGUGAGGCUAGUAUCUGAAGACAUCAAAUCCUAUUAUACAGUACAUCUACUGCAAUUAGAAAAUAUCAACAGUGGUGAGUCCAGGAUGAUAUUUCAUUUUCAUUAUACUACGUGGCCAGACUUCGGAGUUCCUGAAUCCCCAGCAUCAUUCCUGAACUUCUUGUUUAAAGUCAGAGAAUCUGGUUCACUAAGUCCUGAACAUGGACCCGCAAUAGUUCACUGUAGUGCAGGGAUAGGGCGAUCCGGCACGUUUUCGUUAGUAGACACUUGUCUUGUUCUGAUGGAAAAAAAGGACCCAUUCUCUGUAGAUAUUAAGAAAGUAUUAUUGGAUAUGAGAAAAUAUCGAAUGGGACUUAUUCAGACUCCGGAUCAACUAAGAUUUUCAUAUAUGGCUGUAAUAGAAGGUGCAAAAUUUAUAAUGGGGGAUUCAACUAUACAGAAAAGGUGGAAGGAGCUCUCUAAGGAGGACCAAGCGCCAAGUUCUGAGCAGUCUCCUCCACACCCAACCAAAUUAACCACAGAGAAGUACAAUGGAAACAGCAUAGGCCUCGAGAAACCGGAUCAAAUAGAGAAAAUAAAUACUGACCUGUCCACUAAAGUUCAAGAUCUCACAGAUGGAAACAUUGAAAGUACUGUCCGAAAAAGGCUGCGAGAGGAUAGAAAAGCUAAUACAGCACAAAAGCUGCAGCAGAUGAAGCAGAAGCUAAAUGAGACUGAAAGAAAAAGAAAAAGGCCGAGACUGACUGACACCUAAGCCUUCAAGACUUGUGAAUACUCUGCAGCUAUAAACUGCAAAUUAUUGACAUGCAAAGUGAGACAUGAACCCCUCUUCGGGAACAAAAGUGAGGUCUGUUAAAUACCAGGAAGACCUCAAUUAUCUGUUUACAGCGUAAACUACAUCCAGGGGAUGAAGAAUACCACCAGCAUGUUACUUUGCAAAACAAAAUACUUUGCUGUCUUGUGUUUUUAUAAUACCUGUAUUAAUGUAGAAAGAUGUAAAAGAAAUAAAUUAGAAAAUACUUUGUUUUGUACUGCCAUUCUUACUGUAUUUUUAUAUGUUUUUGGCAGCAUUAAAUAUUUUUUUAAAUUGA